CCAUCAAGAGUGAUCAUCCUAUACAUUUAACGACUAAUCACAAAGAAAGAUUAAACUGCAUUUUGGAGAUCUCGGAUUUCUACUGAGUGAAUAGUGUUGUUCUGAAUAGUUGUGUUCUGGCUCCUAGUCCAUUCAGUGUUUGUUUGGACAGGGUGCUCAGUCGGGUUGAUCGCAUUAUGACCCUGAAGCAGGUGAUGUGGGUACUGACCCUAAAUUACCAACAAAAACCAGUCUGUGGAAAUUAGCAGCUAAUCCACCCUGAGAAGAAGACAAAAAGCUGAAGCCAACAUUAAAUGUAACACCCGUGAUCUUAGGCUCUGUAGUAUCACAGCAAAGUCAAAUUCAAACUAUUCUUUGAGGUUUAUGUGGGAAGUGUUCAUGUGAAUUCUGGAGAUGAUUCAGUAAUCCAGUUGAUAUGUGUCAUGUUUAGGUCAUGAUAGACGCACCUGCAGCAUUUGGACUAAGAGCAGAAGUUCUUGUUCAGCCGUGGAUAUGGUCAUCUCAUCAAGCAGCAGCUGCUGGCAUAUACCAUAGGCGGUGCUAAAGAUGAGCCUUGCUGCCUGAUGACAACAUAGCGCAUCAGACAUAUAAAUGUGCCAUCAGCUGUGCAGAGAUGUUGAAGAACCAGAAGAAACUUCCUGCUACUAGAAUCACCUGAAGCACAUUUUUUCAUACAGGUGGAAUAAAAGCCUAAGCUGCCCUGCCUGUUCUGCAUUCUGCAUCCUAACGCGGCACACGAACCAGCACCAUGUUCUCCAGCUCCUCCUUGACCUCCUACAGGGCUCCCAGUGUGUAUGCGGGUGCCGGGGGCUAUGGGGUGCAAGUCUCCAGAGGAAGCGUAUCUCUAGGGACCGGGUUCUCCAGUGCCGGCUCCAGAGGCGCCAGCUUCAGCUUAUCUGAUGCCAUUGAUAUCUCUGACAACAAGAAGGCCACCAUGCAAAACCUGAACAACCGCUUGGCCGCUUACCUAGACAAGGUGCACAACCUGGAGAAGGCCAAUGCUGAGCUGGAACGGAAGAUCAGGGAGUUCCUGGAGAGCAAGGCCAAACCUGUGGGGCAGGACUGGUCUUCAUACUAUGCCACCAUCAGCGCCCUUCAGCAGCAGAUUGCAGAUGCCACCCGCAUGAAUUGCACCUUCUACCUGUCGAUGGACAAUGCGAAACUGGCUGCAGAAGACUUCAAAGUCAAAUAUGAAAGUGAACUGAACAUGCGACAGGGGGUCGAGGCAGACACCAUCAGCCUGAAGAAGGUGCUGGAUGAGCUGACUCUCGCAAGAUCUGACCUCGAGAUGCAGGUUGAAGAUCUGAAGGAGGAGCUGAUCCAGCUGAAGAAGAACCAUGAGGAGGACCUGCUCAUCUUGCAGUCUCAGACGGGAGCUAAGGUCAACGUGGAGGUGGACGCGGUGCAGCAGGAGGACCUGUCCAGUGUCCUGGCUGAAAUGAGACAACACUACGAGAGUGUCACAGCCAAGAACCGCAGAGAACUGGAGAUCUGGUUCCAGACUAAAAUAGAGGAGCUCAAUAAGGAGUUCGCUGUGAGUACCGAGAUACUCCAGUCCUCACGAUCAGAGAUCACAGAGGUCAAACGUAGGCUGCAGAGUCUAGAGAUCGAACUCCAGUCUCAGCUCAGCAUGAAAGCGUCUCUUGAGGCCACGCUGGCAGAGACCCAGAGCAAGUACGCCAACAUGCUGACGAUCUACCAGAGACAAGUUGUCUCCACUGAGGAGCAGCUGGUCCAGCUGAGGGCUGAGAUGGAGCGGCAGGCCCAGGAGUACCAGCAGCUGCUGGACAUCAAGACCCGUUUGGAGGUGGAGAUCCAGGAGUACAGGAGACUGCUGGAGGGAGAGAGCAGCAGUACCGUGGAAAGCAAUACAACACGUAAAGUGUUGAUCUGAAGAGCGUC